UAAGAGCACAAUUGUUUCGGGGACCCGGUGUAUGCACCUGGGAGCAAGGUGAAGACGAACCCUCUUCUCCCUCGGCUCCUCCUCCUCCUUCUCCUCCUCCACCCACGAUGAUCUCCUCCAACUUCGCCGUUGCCUGGUACUGGGUCAUUGAAACCCUAGCCGACGACAAGGGAUUCGACACCUCCGUCCUCAAAGCUCUCAUGUACCUUGCGCCAAAUUUCUUCGCCGAUGCGCCGGAAACCGUGCUGGAAAGGGUUGCGCUGAGGUACUUGGAGGAAUGCGUGGAUGAGGUUCGCGACUGUGGCGGCGAGAUCUCUUCUCCGCCUCGUUCUCCGAUCGAUGGGUCGAGAUCCUGCGAGGAAGUUCUCUGCUCUCACCUGAGGAAGAUGGAAACUUCAAGCAAUAUGGAAAAAGAUAGAUUCGGGACAUACAUUCGUGGUAUCCACCAGUUUAUUAUUCAAAAAAGGGCUUCCGUACCAAAACUCUCUCUUGAUCUGCUCAAAGGAUCUAUCUUAGAGGGCAAGUAUCCAUCUCUGUCGGAAUGCAGUGGCCUGAUCAGACAUGAUCAAGAAGAUCUUUUACAGUCCAAUAUUGAAGGCGAGCAUGAAAGGGUAAAGAGGCUUAGAUUCAGCACCCGUGGUAAUGGAAUGGAAAUAUCCCAAAAAAGCGCUUCUGGGUCUGCACAGCGCUUGCUCAAUCAAUAUUUUUCUGAUAGUGACAAGACUGAUCGUCUACACAAGGACAUUGUGGGUGUUGAAGGCAAUAAAAUUCAGUCGUUAGAAAGGAGUGACACGCUUAAGCCAUCUGGCAAGGAAAAUACAAAUUUAGAUGAUGAUGAAAGACACUUAAGCGCUCAAGUUCCAGAUGCUCUGAUUUCUAGCAAGUGCACCCAAAUCUCGGUAAAGGAUGUUUCUAUACCACAUAACAAUAGCACUGCUCUUCCAAAUGCACAUAAAAAUAGCACUGCUCUUCCAAAUCCACAUAACAAUAGCACCGAUCUUCCAAAUUUGCCGCUCAAUGAAUGUGGUGAAAAAUUAAUUCCCACAUGCACUGAGAAUGAUCAACAUCAUGGCAACACAAUUGGCAUACCAGUGGCUUUGAGCAAUGAUGUGUUAGAAGAUGCUGAUUUUGAGCCGGCUGAUGAGAUAGUUGCUGCGGUGAAGCAUCAUCUAUUGAGGUCUCAAGCCAAAAACAAUCAGGAUUCGAUUGUUGGGGAUUGGACUGAGCAGAGUUUGUGCAUAAAAUGUCACAAUGGCGGUCAAUUGCUGACUUGCAGUGCGAAUGGGUGCUCUGUAGCUAUUCAUGAUAGCUGCUUGGGCUCGGUUGAGUUUGACAAGGCAGGCCUCUUCUACUGUCCCUUCUGUACAUACUUAAGAGCUAAGAAAAACCUUUCUACUUUUCUUGGUAAGGGUAUUGGUAGAAGGCAAACAGGUCAAGCAACAGUUGUCAAACUGUUAGAUGAUCUCUCAUGUCAUUACCCAACUGGCAGGUUAAAUGGGGAUUCCUUAAGAGCAGAACAUCACAAGAAAAUGGAAGUUACUGACUUUUCUAGACAGGCAGAGAAGCAGGUACGUGUUGUAAGAUGUGAUGAUUCUACUAGCGUGGCGAAAAUAAAUGAUGAACAGAUUGUGGAUGAAGCUGCAACUACUGUUGAGGGUACUGAUACUGCAUUUUUGAAUGAACAAGUGGAGAACCUUCAAUCCACAGAAACCCAUACAGCAGUUGACAAUGGCAAUUUACCUUGCAAAAAUGGUAAUACCUCUCAUGGAGAACAUGAUGCUGCGGUGCUACAGCAGAAAGGUGAAACCAGUACAGUAAACGAUCAUCAAAAUAUUCAAGAACCCAGCAGUGAUGAGCAAGUAAAAGAUACUUUUGACGAUGAUACGGGAAAUCAAGUGUCGCCAUCACAAAACAGUGGGAGGCAUCAUAAAAAAGCGCAAGAGGCUGACCCAGAAACUGUUGAAAACCAAAAGAGGUUCAAAUCAUCGCCAGGAAAAAGAAGACAUGCAUAUCAAGCCAAGCGUUAUUCAAAUCCACUAAUGCCUCCUGGGAGGCGUACCAAACUACCUUGGACCCCGGAGGAAGAAGCAACUCUAAAAGAGGGAAUGGAGAUAUUUGCUGCAGAUGGCAGCGGAAACAUUCCAUGGAGGAAAAUUCUCGAUUUUGGUAGCCAUGUAUUUCACAAAACUCGUAUGCCCGGUGAUCUUAAAGAUAAAUGGAGAAACAUUAAGAUCAAGGAGGGGAUCCAAAAGUAAAAUGUGUGUGACAUACUUUAAAUAGGUCCAUCUCUGUUUCAGUAUCUUGCAAAUAUCUACCAAGGUAUGUCUGCCCUUGUUUUGUUACUAUAUCUUGGUUGUUUUUGAGUGUACAGGUCGAUCUCGAUUUUGUUGUAACUCUUUAAGUUAUCAAUGUACUAUUUCAAAUGUAUGGCUGCUGUAUGCUUGUACAAGAGUAAGGAAAGAAAAAAACCUGAAAAUAGGCAUGAAUCCUUUUUUGGGGUAAAGUCCACUACUAGUCCCUGAAUUUUUUUUGUCAAGUUAAAUUUAGGACUUUUGAUUUUGA